AUGGAUGCAGGAUCUAUGAACUCUUCUUCAAGCUUGAAAGCACAAUCUCGUUGCCCUCUUCAACAGCAGUUUCUUCCUAGAAUGAACUCUAAGGAAAACUUGGAUAGAUUUAUACCGAACCGGUCGGCUAUGGAUAUGGAUUAUGCCCAUUUCAUGCUCACAGAAGGGAGAAAAGGAAAGGAGAACCCAACAGCGAACUCACCGUCAAGAGAGGCUUACAGGAAGCAACUUGCUGAUACCUUGAACAUGAACCGAACUCGAAUUCUAGCUUUCAAGAACAAGCCUCCUGCACCUGUUGAAUUGAUUCCUGAAGGCCAAUCUCUUCACCACCAGGCCAAAAGCGCCAAGCCACGCCGACAUAUUCCUCAGUCUUCUGAGAGGACGUUGGAUGCACCUGAUCUCGUGGAUGAUUUCUACCUCAACUUAUUGGAUUGGGGCAGUAGCAAUGUUCUAGCCAUAGCUCUUGGAGGCACUGUCUAUUUGUGGGAUGCUGCAGAUGGUUCUACCUCAGAAUUGGUCACAGUUGAUGAUGAAGAUGGACCUGUUACCAGUGUCAAUUGGGCUCCUGAUGGACGCCAUAUUGCCAUUGGCUUGAACAAUUCUCAUGUACAGUUAUGGGAUUCUGCUUCCAAUAAACAGCUAAGAACAUUGAAAGGUGGCCACAGAUCACGAGUUGGGUCAAUGGCAUGGAACAAUCACAUCUUGACAACAGGAGGAAUGGAUGGUAAAAUCAUUAACAAUGACGUGAGAAUUAGAUCACACAUUGUUGAGACUUACAGAGGCCAUACACAGGAGGUUUGUGGGCUUAAAUGGUCAGCUUCAGGUCAACAAUUAGCAAGUGGAGGAAAUGACAAUCUAAUUCAUAUAUGGGAUAGAUCUACAGCAACAUCAAACUCGGCAACACAAUGGCUUCACAGGCUUGAGGACCAUACUUCUGCAGUGAAAGCCUUAGCUUGGUGUCCUUUCCAGGGGAAUUUGCUCGCCUCUGGAGGAGGUGGAGGAGAUAAGUGUAUUAAGUUUUGGAAUACACAUACAGGUGCUUGCUUGAACUCAAUAGAUACUGGGUCUCAGGUUUGUGCUCUGUUGUGGAACAAGAAUGAGAGGGAGCUACUUAGCUCUCAUGGGUUUACUCAGAAUCAACUCACUGUUUGGAAAUAUCCAUCAAUGGUGAAAAUGGCAGAGCUCACAGGCCAUACUUCCAGAGUCCUUUACAUGGCUCAGAGUCCGGAUGGUUGCACAGUAGCAACAGCAGCUGGAGAUGAAACACUGAGAUUCUGGAAUGUUUUUGGAGUUCCAGAAGUGGCUGCUAAAGCUGCUCCUAAAGCAAAUCCCGAGCCAUUUUCUCACUUGAAUCGCCUUCGCUGA